GGCCAGCUGAGAGUAGUGGAAACGAUUUGUUAUAAACUAAUUAAAGUGCUAAAGGAUCAAAGCAUGUCCUCGCUGAUUAAAACGGAUACCGAGGAUUUCACUGAUUGGUGGCAACAUACAGUCUUCUAUCAGAUCUAUCCCCGAUCCUUUAAGGACAGCAAUGGCGAUGGCAUUGGAGAUCUUCAGGGUAUAACAUCUAAAUUGGAUUAUAUUGCUGAGACGGGCAUUACUGCCAUUUGGUUGAGUCCGAUUUUUAAAUCACCCAUGGUUGAUUUUGGCUAUGAUAUAUCGGAUUAUAUGCAAAUUCAACCCGAAUAUGGAACAAUGAAGAAUUUCGAUGAUCUUGUUGAUGCUGCCUAUGGGUUGGGCAUAAGAGUUAUCCUGGAUUUUGUACCCAAUCACACAUCCGAUCAACAUGAUUGGUUUAAGAAAUCGGCGGCCAAGGUGAGCGGUUACGAAGACUUUUAUGUAUGGCAUGAUGGCAAAGUGGAUAAGGCUGGUAAGCGUCAACCACCAAAUAAUUGGCAAUCCGUAUUCUAUGGCUCUGCCUGGGAAUGGCACGAGGGUCGCCAGCAAUUCUAUUUGCAUCAAUUUACCAAAGAGCAACCAGAUCUCAAUUUUCGUAAUCCUCUUGUGGUUCGUGCCAUGGAUGAUAUUAUGUUGUAUUGGCUGAAUAAGGGUGUUGCCGGUUUUCGUAUUGAUGCCGUGAAUCAUUUGUUUGAAAGUGAAAAACUCGAAGAUGAACCAUUGAGUGGUAAAAGUCAGGAUCCUUUAUCAUAUGACUAUUCCAAACACAUCUAUACAAAAGAUUUACCUGAAGUCUUGGAUAUGAUUCAACAUUGGCGUCGCCUCUUGGAUGAGUUCUCUGCAAAAAAUCCGAAUGGACCCACUCGCAUCAUGAUGACUGAGGCUUAUGCCGGCCUUACUCAACUGGCGGAUUACUAUGAGGAUGCCAAAGGGGUUCAUGGUUCACAUUUGCCAUUCAACUUUAAUUUUAUCACGGAUGUGAAUGGCGACUCGGAUGCGCGUGACUUUGUCUACAAUGUGGAGAAAUGGUUGAUCUACAUGCCACGCGGCGGGCAUGUGGCCAACUGGGUCAUGGGCAAUCAUGACAAUCCGCGUGUCGCAUCCCGUUUUGGUCCGGACAGUGUGGAUGCCAUGAAUAUGCUGUUGAUGACCCUGCCGGGAGUGGCGGUCACCUACAAUGGUGAAGAGUUGGGCAUGGAGGACUAUCGGGAUAUAAGCUGGGCCGAUACAGUGGAUCCGCCAGCUAAAAAUGCUGGUGAGCUCAAAUAUAAAGAGGUCUCCAGAGAUCCAGAGCGUACUCCAUUUCAAUGGAAUAAUGAGGCUAAUGCAGGUUUUUCAACUGCUUCAAAGACUUGGCUACCUGUGCAUCCCAACUACACCAAACUGAAUGUGGAGGCUCAAAAGGCAGCCGUAAAAAGUCAUUAUAAGGUCUAUCAACAACUUUUACAGUUGCGUAAAUCUGCUAUUUUACGGCGAGGACGUUUCAUUAUUGAGCCUUUAUCGCGUUUUGUGUUUGCCUUUAAAAGAUGCCUUGAAGAUUUUGAUUCCAUUGUUACUGUUAUAAAUGUCAGUGAUAAAGAGCAAUUAGUAAAUCUAACAGAAUUCAUUAACAAUGCACGUAAAUUAGUUGUGGAAGUGGCUGGCAUUAAUUCAAUUUAUGAACCGGGUCAACCACUACCCGCAAGUGCAUUGUCUUUGGCACCACAUGAAGGUCUUGUCUGCAAGUUGGUCUAAUUGAGAGUUCCUAGGAGCCCAAUGUAAUGAAAAAGUUUCCAUUUCUUACUUACUUAAUUGCAUUUACAUCUAUUGACAUGGCAAUGGAAAUUCAGAGCACAAAAAACCUAAUGACUUUUGUGUGUUUUAAUUUGACUUAAAUAAAUUGAAUUCAAUUUCGUA